UCAGAAAAGCAAUCAAAAUCCUUUAAUGAACUUCCAAAUCAAGAACAGAUGGAAAUCCAGCAGGUGUUGCACAUUAUGGACAAGUUUUGCAUUGGGGAAGCAGCAUACCACGAAUUAACUUGUUGUCCAGGAGGAGAAGAACUUCCUAGGUCCUACCUGAUUAAGCAAUGCAAAGAGGAUCUAAAUAAGCUCUCUUGUAUUGAAAGGACCCCUGGGGAAGCAAAUGGGGCUGCUUUUAAUUUCCAGGACGAAUUAUGCACUGUUAUUGAAAAAAUGAUGGAGGCAAAUGAGAAACUAAGAGACACUGUAAUAAAAGUAAAAAUCAGUGGUGAUGGGGCAAAGAUGACUAGAUUGACCAAUUUUAUAAUCAUCAGCUUUUCAAUAUUGAAUGCCGAAGAUACUGUGAUGUCAUCAAAAGGGAAUCAUACAGUGGCUGUUGUUAAGGGUCAUGAGGACUAUGAUCUUUUAAAGAUAUCAUGUUCAAAGAUUUUUAAUGACAUCAACAAGUUGGUAAGGGCAGGGAAAAUUAAAAUCAAGGAUAAAGAUGUACCUAUUGAAAUAUUUGUUGGAGGUGAUUACAAGUUUCUGUUGUUGAUACUGGGUUUCAAAGGGGCCACCUCAGAUUAUGCUUGUAUUUGGUGUAAAAUACACAAAUUGUUGAGAUGGGACAUGUCUAAACCAAUGGAUUUCUGGGAAAAUCAUGACUGUCGCUCACUCAAGGACAUACAAGACUGUGCCGUAAAGAAUCGGUUUUCAUGCCAACACAAGCCAUUACUUGAAGUGAAACUUGAAAAUGUAGUAUUAGAUGAGCUACAUUUAAUGCUUCGCAUUACAGAUAUCUUGACAAAGAGUUUAGUUAAUGAAGCUCUUGAAUGGGACUUUAAAGACAACAGCAAUAAACCACCAAAGAAUAGAACAAGUAAACAUCUGUCAGACCUUGUUGAGUGUAUCCAGUCGUGUGGCGUGUCUUUCAAUGUUUGGGAGAAAAGGAAUGCUGAUGGAAAGGGAAGUGAUGUACACGACUUUACCAGCCUUAUGGGAUCGGACAAGAAACGGCUCAUGAGAGAUCUCCCAGAUAAAUUAUGUACAGUAACUAAACCAGCCCACAGCGAGUCAGUCACUAAGAUCUGGAAGGACUUUAAUACGAUUUAUCAAAUGCUGAAUGAGCAUGAUCCCACACCUGAAAGAAUUAAUGAGUUCUUUGAACGUGCUAAAGCAUGGGUAAAUCUAUUUGUUUCGCUUGGCGGGGAAGUCAACGGGUUUGGCAAACAGCAAGUUACUCCUUACAUGCACUGUCUGGUAUACCACGUCCCAAACUUCAUGCAGAGACACAACGGCAUAAAAAAGUUUACGGGACAAGGAGUGGAAAAGAAUAAUGACGAUGUGAGAAAAUUUCAUCUGACAAAGUCAAACAAGAGGGAUGCUCCGAAAGAUAUCCUACUUGUUACUAAACGACUGCAGAUAACUGGCCAACAUGAGCGCAUGCAUAGACCGUACAGCAAGUCAAACGCUGAGUACUGGUCGACUGAAAUUAAAGAAAGCAGAAGAAAAAGAAGAAAGCUGUCACCUGUCCCGAAUGCUGAAAUACCAGAGAGCACUUCCAAAAGCGUCAUUGAUAUCGAAAAUCUUUCCGUUGUUGAAAUUAAGGAGAAACUGAAGGAAUUAGGAGUGCAAACACGAGUACGAAAACUGGAGAAAUUACAGGAUAUUUUGAAGCAAGCACUCCACAAAAACUAA